CUUGUGCUUCACAUCAGAGAAGUGAGAAAAAACGGCCUGCAAGCGAGGAUAAGGUGUCGGAAAGCAAAAGCAGGGGGGAGAAAAAAACAGGAGAGCGGCUUGUUUUAUAUCGGAUAAAAAUGGAGCUACCCGCCGCGGGAGAGCACGUCUUUGCGGUGGAGAGCAUCGAGAAGAAGCGCAGCAGAAAGGGGCGGGUGGAGUAUCUGGUCAAGUGGCGAGGAUGGUCUCCCAAAUACAACACGUGGGAACCAGAGGAAAACAUCCUGGACCCAAGAUUACUUGAUGCUUUCCAAGACAGGGAACGUCAAGAGCAGCUGAUGGGAUAUCGCAAGAGAGGACCCAAGCCCAAGCAUCUACUGCUUCAGGUCCCUUCUUUUGCCCGGAGAUCCAGUAUCCUGGCUGACUUACAUGAGGCGUCCUUGGACAACGACAGCUGUCAGAAGAGCAACCCCAUUCAGAUGCUCCGUCCCCAAAGCCAGCAGUACCAGCUGAACAGCAAGAAGCACCACCAGUACCAGCCGCUGGGCAGGGAGCGCGAGGCCGAGCAGCAGCAGGCCAACAGCAAGAAGUACUUCUACCAGCUCAACAGCAAGAAGCACCACCACUACCAGCCGGGCCUCAAGGUGCACGAGCCUAUGUUCGCUAAGCCCAGAGAAGUCAAGGCCCCGGAGCUGUCCAACAAGGGGUACAACCUUCCCCCUGUGUUGCAGCAAAAAUGGAUCCGGGACAAGGACUCCGGCUGCUUGACCAAAGUAAAGGAUAUCACCAUGGAGCUGAAGAAGCUUCCAGCAGACCUCAACGGCCACAAAGAGCCAGAGAAGGUAAAACCAAAAGAGGACGCCUCGCCGCAGUCUAACGGCGUCAGCAGCAGCAAGCUAAAGAUCGUGAAAAACAAAAACAAGAACGGGCGGAUUGUUAUCGUCAUGAGCAAAUACAUGGAAAACGGGAUGCAGGCGGCGAAGAUUAAAAACGGUGAAUCUGAAACCGGUGGGAAACCACCGCAAGGAACGGACAACAGCGUGGAGAACCACCUCGAGAAGAUGAAACUCGUCAAAAAGCUGGGCCUCAUGAAUGGAUUUGCGAAAAACCCCAAAGACAAACCGACUCUUCCCAGCCCUGGAUUUAAGGGAGGUUGCCCCAAAGAAAAGGAACAGUCCCCUAAGAUGGAGCCAACUGUGACGGAACAGGAUAAACAUGUCGAGGUCAGGGGUCAGGGGCAGCUUCCAGCGGAUCAGCCUUUACAAUUGACAACCAAGCCUAAUCUGGUCUCCUUGCCUUUGGAUAGAGGAGUUCCCUCCUUAACGGACAAAAGAGGAAGCCAAGGUGGAUUUCAAGGACUAAAGCGACACCUCUCUGACACAAGCGGCGAGGAGCAUGGGAGCAGUAAGAGGUUUUUGGGCUCUAGGAGUAUCAGCGUUCCUAACACGGUAUCUUCGCCCGCCCAAAGCAUCAGCAUAAACCAAAACGUUUACCAGGGUCACCUUGGACAGCAGGACUGUGGGUACGCAGACCAAGAGGAACCCAUUGACUUGAGAAUAGUGAAGUUCAGGCCUAAAGCCGCAUCUUCCACGGUGACUCAGGCCGAAUCUCCGACACAACUUGAAACACACACACAGGAUCAAACACCCACACAAGCUGAAACACAAACACAGAUGGACACACAAACACAAACCCAAACCCAGGCCGAAACACAAAAAAUUGCAGAAGAGGAAAAACCCGAGUCAUUGUCUGUUUCUAACCACGAAAAGAAAAACGAGGAGUCAUUUCCCUCUUUCCAACCUUUCCUUGGAAAUAUAGUCAUCACAGACAUUACUACGAACUGCCUCACAGUCACAUUCAAGGAGUAUGUGACAGUGUAACAGAACUGUGUACCAACUGUAACUGUAGAAAUGUACAUGAAAUAUAUUUGUAUUUUCAGAUGCUUGAAUGUACAAACCAACUCUUAAUGUUUUCUUUUUGUAUAGUUCAGGAGAAAAAAAAGCAUAUUUGGAUCUUUUAUCCCAUUAUUUGCAUAUUUCUUUUUCUAAGCUCUACCUGUUGUAAUUUCUGGAGAUUUUAUCACAUGCAGUAUCUAAUUUCAGCUAUUUCAAACUUAGUUUAAAAAGCAAAAUUAGAUGAAAUGAAUGCGGGAAGUUUAAUUGCAGAUGCCCUUACACUUGCUUACCUACUUACUUGUAAAUACUCUUCACUUUUCUAUAGAUGUAAUUUGAUUUAUACACUCAACUGUCUACAUUCUCAGAACAUGCUACACAAAUGUAGAUUAUAUGGAGAAUUUUGUAAGGAAGAAAAAUUAUAUUGAAACAUGGUAAACUACACUGUGUGUGUGUGUGUGUGUGUGUGUGUGAGAGAGAAUUAGAGUGUGAGUGUGUGUGAGAGAGCAGAUGGACAGAUUUAAACAAGGAUGUGUGCUGCUUGGACAGAUUAUGCCAUUAGGCAUGCUUAAACAAGCAGAUAAAGAAAAAAAUAAGCGCCUUUCUGUCAAUAAAUGUCAUUUGCAUUGUUGAAAGGGAGGAUGUUUUGAAAAUGAAAGAAUAUUAAUGGUUAAUGUUUGAUAUAUGCUCCUAUUAUUUGGUCUCUGUUCAAAGUGUUUAAAUCAUGCAUCUGGAGAUCUGAUACUGAGCACAAGUCACUUCCAUUACAACAGUAGACAUACAACCAUGUCACCAUAUUGAUUUCAUGUUUUGCAGCGCUGCAAACGUCUCAUAACAACGGUUCAUUUGAGUUAUAUCAUUCACAAUCCUGUGUUAACAUUGCCAGUUGAGCUGUGUAAUCCAGCAGAUUAGUCCCACCAGGUGGGUGCUCCAUGAUCCAUGAUUCAGCUUUUCAUGUUCCUGCCUCUGGCACCCCUAACAUGCCCUAUGUAGAUUACAGAGUUUUUAUCAUUUUAAAAGUAUUGUCAAAGCACAUGUUCCUGUCAUGAUCAGAUCGGUCCCUUUGUGUUAUACAUCCAUGCCCCCUUGUGUGUCAUUAAAAAAAAAAAAAUCCCUUCCAGCACUGUGUGGUCUGGAAGUCCAGAGGUGCAUUGAACUGUGAGAACGAUGAUCAGAUGCACUUUUGAUGUUUUGUGUGCAGACUAAGUGAAGGCUUCCUAUGAUACAUUUUGCAAUAAUAAAUUUGUUUGCAAGUGGAA